AUGUCAAAUUGGAGAAUUAGCGAAUUGGGAAAUUGGAUAUCAAAUGGCAUAAGCCAAUUGGGUGCAAAUGCUGUAUCAAAUAUAAAUUCAAUUAUCCCUAUGACCAUAGAAGAACCUGCUACUUCAUCAAUUAUUCCCAAUACCCGUAAUAAUAUAUUUUUAAAUAUAAGUGACUCAGAUGAUGAUUCAGAUGAUAGCUUAUUAUUAAAUAUUGAUAAGGAUGAUCAUAAUAAUCAAAAAAAAAUAUUAAAUAUGAAUAAUAAUAAUUAUGAUGAUUCAGAUGAUGAUGAUUAUUAUGGUAAUAAUAAAACGUUUUUGAACAUGAAUAAUAAUAAUAAUGAUGAUUCAGAUGAUGAUUCGGAUUAUGGUAAUAAUUUUGAUUAUACAUUAGGAUAUUAUUUGACAAAAGAAGAACGUGAUAAAAAAAAAAAAGGUUAUACUCCAAAUAACUUGGGCGAUAUUCCAGACGAAUAUGAAGGUAUAUUCACAUCAAAGGCAGCACAGAGAAAAAUUACCACCCCAUCAAGUAAAAAUAAAAACGUGGGCCCAACCAAAACUGCAAGUGCAGAUGCAAGAAACAGUUCAAAUCCAGUCCCGAGCACAAGCAAAAAUGAAAAUCCAAUCCCGAGCACAAGCAAAAAUGAAAAUCCAGUCCCGAGCACAAGCAAAAAUGAAAAUCCAGUCCCGAGCACAAGUAGGCAAAGCAAUAGUACCUACACACAAAUGGGGGGAAAAAAAACACAAAAAAGUGAUAAAAGUAAAGAUGAAAAAAAAGAUAGUGAAGAGCCAAAACAAGAAAGUGGUGGGUUUUUUAGCAGUUGGGGAUUAAAUUCACUUUUUUCUUAUGGAGAUACAUCAACAUAUUGCAAUGAAUAUAAAACUGGUUAUCGUUUAGAUGAUGAAGCCAAGCAAGUAUUGAAUGAUAGUUUCACAUAUGAAAAUUAUUUAAAAAACAGAAAAAGAGGAAAUAAUCCCAUAGAUUCACAAAAUCCAUUCAAUAAAAGAAAUAGCCGUCUAAGAGAUAAUGACAUGCGUAUCUGUGUAGAUACCACAUAUUAUGAUAUAUUAGAAGUGAAUCCAAAUGCACCAAUGAAAACUAUAAAAAUGAAUUAUUAUAAGUUAGCAUUACGUUAUCAUCCAGAUAAAAAUCCUAAUGAUGAAAAUGCAAAAUUAAAAUUUCAAAAAAUAAAUGAAGCAUAUCAAGUAUUAAGUGAUGAAGAAAAACGAGAAGAAUAUGAUAGAUGUGGAUUAAAUGCAGUUAAUGGGAUGUUUAUGUUAGAUCCAUCUGUGUUAUUUAUUUUAUUAUAUAGUUCUGAAGAAUUAAAAGAUUAUAUAGGUACAUUAAGAAUUGCAUAUUAUAUUCAAAUGAUAUAUAAUAGUUCUGAGUCUAUUGAAGAUUUGCAUUCCAUUCGAAGUAUAAUAAAAAAGGAAAUAGAUUUAGAACAGAAUCAAAGAGAAGUAAAAUUGGCUUUACUUUUACGAGAUAAAUUAAAAUUAUAUAUGGAAGAUGAACAAGCUUGGACUAAAAAAAUGGAAACCGAACUUAAAAAAACAACGGGCUCAUAUUUUUCAAGUUCUAUAUUAGGAUCUAUUGGAUGGAUAUAUAAUAAUGUUGCAUCUUCAUAUAUAGCAGAAGUAACAACCCUUUGGGGGGUUGGUGCAACCUUGUCGAAUGUUAAAGCAUCUACUAGAUCUAUACAAAAUCACAUAGGUUUAGCCAAAUCUAUAAUCAGCACAUUUGUAACAGUUCAUCAAGUAGCUUCAUAUUAUAAUGAACUAAGUCCAGAUGAUAAUGAUGAAGAAAACCCUUUUAAUGAAAAUAGAAAAACGACGAAAAAAUUUAGUGAAAGUGAUGAUGAUUGUGGAGAAGGAACAAGCACAGGUCGAACUUUAAAAAAAGAUAAAGAAGUUGAUCCAAAUGAUUUUGAAGGGACUGGAGAUGUAAAUUUUGGUUUUAGCAUAUCUGAUUAUUUAUGGAGAAGAAAUGAUACCAAAUUAGAUGAUAAAUCUAAAAAUAUACAAGAAUCAGAAGAUUCUGUAAAAAAGAAAAUGGAAAGAGAAGUAUUAAUGGAAAAAUAUCAAACUAAGGCAUUUGGCUCAAUAAUAAAAAAUGUACUUUCACUUGUUUUAUGGGAUGUAGAAUCGACUACUAAAGGAGUAGCACAAAAGUUAGUACGUGAUGAAGGUGUAGAUAUUAAUACUCGAUUAAAAAGAGCAUAUGCCUUGAAACAACUAGGAGAUAUGAUGCUAAAUUUGUCAAAAACUGAAAAGGAUUUGUUUGAUGUCAAAAAUUUAGAUAUUAGCCAACUUUUUGAUGAUCUUAUUUUAAAGGCAGCCAAAAAAGCAGAAGAAGAAGAAGCAGCAGCAGAAGCAGCAGCAGAAGCUGAAUCAACCAAAAUUGAGAGGGAUGAAAAAUACAGUGGUCUAAGGCAUAAUCAAAACAAGUCAUGA